AUGUCCACUCUUCGAUCACAAGAGCAAAAACGUAAAACUGUAUUUAAAGCAGUAUUAAAUUCUCCCUAUACGGUAAAAUGGCCUGAAGUUUCUUUGGAAGAUCAACAAAUUAUACUGGAAGAGCUCUGCGACCUUUUGUCAGCUGUAGGCGAUUACAAGCGGAAAAAGGUUACAUACAGGAGAAAUCUCAGAUUAAACCGUCGUAAAGGUGUGACAAUUGAUGAUGAAACAGUAACAUCUAGCAAAUCGAUUGCCUUACCACCUCCUCCACCAAUCUUAUCACACAUCGUAAUUGGAAUUAACGAUGUAACAAGACACCUUGAACAAACUAUUAGUCCUAACAUUAAAACAAAUUUUAAACGCAAAUAUGCGCAAGGGUUUUUGGAUCCAUUAAUCUCAACAAAUACUAAUAAUCAACUCACGAAUCCUUCGCCCAUUGUAAUACAAAAUGAACAUUUAACAUCUCUACGAAUGAUUUUUGUUUGUAAAGCUGAUAUAUCACCACCUCAUUUAUGUGCGCAUCUGCCAAUCAUGUCUUCCAUAGCUAGAGAUGUAUUACUUGUUCCAUUACCCUCGGGAGCUGAGGAAUUGAUUAGUAACAAACUUGGUAUAAGGAGAGCGUCGUGUAUUGGUGUAAAGAUAAAAACGCCUGAAUUUGAUGGAAUCUAUAAAUUGGCCAAGGACAAAGUAGGUCCUGUUAACGCUCCAUGGUUGGUCCCGUUCAAAUCAGAAUUUUCAAAAAAGCGAAAAGGUAUUGAGGAAGAUGAAAUUAUACCAUCGGCUAGUAUAGCUGAUGAUUUUAUGAAGACAGCUUGUAAUGAAUAUGUGCCAACUCAAAUUAAACAACUUAUAACAUCCGCCCCAGUAAAGUCCAAGAUGAAGCAAAAAAAAAAUAAAGGGACAAACAAAAGCUACUGA